AUGUCUGCUUACGUCCAAAAACCAGCUCCAACUUUCUCUAAAACCGCUGUUGUUGACGGUUUAUUUGAAACUGUUUCUUUAGAUCAAUACAAAGGUAAAUGGGUUUUAUUGGCUUUCAUCCCAUUGGCCUUCACUUUUGUUUGUCCAACUGAAAUCAUUGCUUACUCUGAAGCUGUUAAGAAGUUUUCUGAAAAAGACUGCCAGGUUUUAUUUGCUUCCACUGAUUCUGAAUACUCUUUAUUAGCCUGGACUAAUGUUGCCAGAAAAGAUGGUGGUUUAGGUCCAAUCAACAUUCCAUUAGUUGCUGACACCAAUCACUCCUUAUCCAAAGAUUACGGUGUUUUGAUUCCAGAAGAAGGUGUUGCUUUAAGAGGUAUUUUCUUAAUUGACCCAAGAGGUAUCUUAAGACAAAUCACUAUCAAUGACUUACCAGUUGGUAGAAAUGUUGAUGAAUCUUUAAGAUUAUUGGAAGCUUUCCAAUUCACUGAAAAAUACGGUGAAGUCUGUCCAGCUAACUGGACCCCAGGUGAAUUAACCAUCAAACCAGACGUUGCUGACUCCAAAGAAUAUUUCAACAAAGCUAACUAA